ACAAUUAUUAUUGAUAGAGGCAGAUCGCCUAAAUUGUCGUACAAAAAUGACAGAGGAAUUAUCUGGUAUAACUAUAGUGAUAUUUAUAGCAGCGGGCGUCUUGACAAUAUUAUUGCUAUUUAUUUUCGCGAAACGGCAAAUCAUGAGAUUUGCUCUGAGAUCUCGUCGAGGACCUCACAUCCCCAUAGGACACGAUGCGAAAAAAUCCUUAAAAAAGGAAAUAGAGAGGAGGAUUGAAGUGAUACCUAAGAUUCAAUAUGAACCACAACUUAUCAGUGAUCCUAGGUAUAUUUUGACACCAGGGGGUCAAGCUCCACCACAUUAUUAUAGAUUAAAAGCAGUUGACGAUGUUAAAACCUUAGAGGCAGAGAUUACAAAAUAUGACAAUUGUUUGAAGAGACAUCCCUCAGAGAAUCUAAGAGCAUACUUGCUCACUACACUUGCUACUCCGUUGAAUGGAAGCGGUCAACGUUUAAUACACCAGUUCUGUGAUUUGUAUGAACAUGCAAGACACGAUCCCACCGAAUUCGGUGAUGAGGAGUAUCAAGUGUACACUCGUUUAUUUCUAAAAUUAAUGGACGCGGCGCGUUUAUUGAAAUCAUAUCCAAGCAGUAGAAAAUCUAGUCCUAGUCGUACUCCAAUCAAGAAGAACGUGGAAACAAAGAGAAAUAUUUUAGAACCGCGAAUGCGUCCACCAGAAGAACAGAUUCUAACUGGCUCGAGACCUAAUACUUUAACAGUAAUGACAUUAGACAAUAGCGAAACGUCCGUGUAGCAUUAUGAAUGUCGUCACAUACAACAUAUGUGACGAGGAAAUUAUAGAUAGAUAUUGAAAUAAUUUGUACAAAACUCUCUCUACCAUGUGCAAAUGAAACGCGUCCAAUUUAAUUAGGGAAAUUAUUAAAAUGCAUUUUUAUUUUAAGUAAGACAUCUAAAAUUUUCACAUUCUGUUAAAGAUGAGUAUUAGUCAAAUAAUAUAUUUUAGACAACGAACGCUU